CCAAGAAGCUCAUAAACAUGAAUUAAUUUGUAUAUUGUCCUUAAUGAAGCUAAAGAGUCUGACAGUUUUUUUUUUUUAUUAUAGAUAAUCAAAGAAGUGAAAAAGAUUGGCUGAGGACUAUAAGCAUGAAGAGGUCUUCACAACUUUGAUCAGACAUAACGUAGGUACAUCACUUGCAAUUCUAGAUGCAGUUGAUAUAAUUUCCAAUGGGGUAUAAGAGAGGAUGAAGAAGACCACAACUUCAAGAGCAUUAGUUAUAAAAGAGAAAGAAGAAGACGCAACUUCAAGAAAAUUAGUUAUCGAUUAAGUUGAUGGGUCUCCCCCUUUAGAAUAAUGAGGUUUUAGAUUCGGUCGAGUGGUUUGAUGGGUGGAUCCUGAUUUGGGUGGGAUCAAAUUAGUUUUGAUUAAUUAUAUUUUCUAACUAAUGAGAAUGUGCCACAUAUUAAAUGAGAAGAGUAUUAAAUUAGUAGUUUGUGAUAAGGGUAAUAAAGGUGUAUUUUGUGGCCAAUAAGUUAAGAAAUGAUAUUUAUCCAAUUGAAUAGCAGGGCGUAAAUUCCGACAUUGGAGAAGGAGAAGGAAUGGACAUAAUUUAAUUGGGAAGAGAUAGAGAUAGAGUAUUGAUUGAGGAAAAGGAUACUGUUGUGAAGGAAGCAAGGAAGGAAGAAUGAGUAGUUUUACUUUAAAUGUUGGAAUGAAAUUGUCAUGGCCGAUAAGAGAUGUAAGUAGGCAACAGAUUCAGAUGGGAAAUGUUAAAAUUAUGGCGUGUGUUUCUGAUGGUUCUACUCCCAGUCAGAGUUCCUUCCUUUCCCGUAGCCAGACCUAUGCUCUUUUGAAACAGCAAAUGGAUGUCGCCGCCAAAUCUGAGGACUACAAAGAGGCAGCCAGACUUCGUGAUUCUUUGAAAAUAUUUGAGGACCAAGAGCCUGUUUUGCGACUUCAGAGAUUGGUCAAAGAGGCUAUUGCACAAGAGAGGUUUGAGGAUGCAGCAAGGUACCGCGAUGAGUUAAAGGAUAUUGCUCCGCAUUCUCUCUUGAAAUGUUCAAGUGAGGCAACAACACUGGGAAUCAGGGUUCAAGUUAGAAGUGUGUACAUAGAAGGUCGAAGUCAACCUUCAAAAGGCCUUUAUUUUUUUGCUUAUAGAAUAAGAAUUACCAACAACUCAGAUCGUCCUGUUCAACUUCUUAGAAGGCACUGGAUCAUCACUGAUGCUAAUGGAAAAACGGAAAAUGUCUGGGGAAUUGGUGUAAUUGGUGAACAACCGGUGGUACUUCCCAACACUGCUUUUGAAUACUCAUCUGCAUGCCCAUUAGGAACUCCAAGUGGAAGAAUGGUCCAUCAUGAGGAAGAAGAAAGUCAUGAUUUGCUUAUCCUACGCACAAAUGCGCGCAUACGCGCGCACACGCACACACACGCUCUUCUGUUCCUUCUCUUCAACUCUAGAGGAGGAAGUUAGCACUGAGAAAACAAUAAGAAUAUGAAUUUAGUACAUUCUAUCUUAUAAAAUCAGGACCUACUAUGCAUUCUGUAAAACAAUUGCUAACUGCUGAAUUUUCAAACUAUUUUUCUUCACAAAUUGUUGAUUGUCAUAUUAGCUUUACAUAGCUUACCUACACUAAUUGUCAUAUUUCUGUUUAUUACUUUUUCUGAAUUAGGUUUUAUUUGAUACACUUGUUUAAAUUGAAGAUCAAUAUUUGGAACUGGGAAGAGAAAAAAUUCAAUUGCAUGGUUAUCAGGAUUUAAUUUGGAAUGGCAGAUGUUAAAGGGAAGGGUUUUCUGAGGUGCCAAGUAGUUGAAAACUAGCAGAAUCUACUCAAUUUUGUCCUUUGAUAACUUCUUAUAGACUGAUACUCCUAAUAUUUUGGAGGGUAUACUAUUAGAUCCUUCUUAUGUUCUGGCAAAUAAAAAAUGCAUUUACUGGUUGGGCUUUGAGGGCGACAAAACUUGCAAGGUGUCUUUGUGUCUUCUUUUUGACCUUCAUGUGCAGUCAAUAGGUGUCAAUUGUUCUG